CCCUGACUUGCGCCACACCACUUCCCGGCCCGAGCUUCAAUUAGUCGCGUCCCUGACACGCUUCGCGUCGAGCGCGUAAAGUGGUUUCUCGAUUAGCCGGAGGGGCAUCUUCUUUCACAUCGAGCACACGUCCAACUUGACACACAACAAUCGCCACCAUGUCGUCUCUCGUGGAUGCCGUCAUACGCUCCGACAAUGCGCCAGAUGAACCACGAAGCGAUGCUGCCGCUGCAGGUCGCCCGCGACAGGCACGCUCGUCCUCGCGACCCAGGGGACCCCCUUCCGUCAGCACGCCCGGCAUGCAGAGUGAUAUGGAUGGCUUCCCAGACGACGAGGUCGUUGGUCUGAGAGGCAUGAGACGGAGCAAUGCAGUUGGUCAAACAGAAGUCCCGAGAGUGGUGGACACCACGGCGGAAACGCUGGGUAUCCAGUUUGAGAGAUUUCUUGAGAACUUCAUCGAGGAACCUACUCCUUCCGCUGGGCCUACAUCAAGCGCAAUCACCACCAACAAAUACUAUCUCGCGCAAAUCCACGGUCUAUGCCAGUUCAAGCUGUCCACCCUCUACGUCGACUACACCCAUCUGAUGGACCAUGAGCGAGGCGUACUCGCCAAUGCCAUUCAGACCGACUUCUAUCGCUUCCACCCUUACAUGCUGCGCGCCCUGAACAAUCUCAUCGCAAAAUACGAGCCGCAAUACUACCGAGAGCAUCGCCAGCCAGGCUCCACCACCGCUCGCACAGAUACCUCUCUCGCGGCAAAUAGCCUGAGCGAGGACGACACGAACAUCAACGAUCGCACGCCGAAUCAACAAACAGACAAGGUCUUCACGCUAGCUUUCUACAACCUCCCCCUGAUCUCCCGCGUCAGACAACUGCGCACCGAGCAGAUUGGCAAGCUCGUGUCCAUCUCAGGAACAGUCACACGGACAUCCGAAGUGCGUCCCGAGCUACACUUGGCCACGUUCAUCUGCGAGAACUGCAACUCCAUCGUCCCCGAUGUGGAGCAGAUUUUCAAAUACUCCGAGCCCACCCAGUGCCCCAAUCUGCAAUGUGGCAAUCGAUAUGCGUGGCGACUGGACAUCAGACAAAGCACUUUCGUCGACUGGCAGAAGGUCAAGAUUCAAGAGAAUAGUUCCGAGAUUCCGACGGGGAGCAUGCCACGAACGAUGGAGGUCAUUCUUCGUGGUGAAAUGGUCGAGCGAGCCAAAGCUGGUGAGAAGUGCGUGUUCACGGGUACUUUGAUCGUCGUUCCGGAUGUCAGCCAGUUCAGAGUGCCAGGCACUCGGCCACAGGCAAUGCGAGAUCCUCAAGGCGCGCGAGGAGGUGGGGAUGCCGGCGGAACGGGUGUCAGUGGACUGAAAGCGCUCGGUGUGCGCGAUCUCACAUAUCGAAUGGCUUUCUUGGCCAACAUGGUGACCAUGGACACGUCAACUCAAGGCCAAAACAACAACCAACACCUCAAAGGCCAAGCUGCCAACAUCCUCUCUUCGCUCGGCCAGACCAUCGACGUCAACGAAUCGAGCAGUGACCGCGCACAGCAGGACUACCUCGACACACUCACCACGUCUGAAAUCGACGACUUGCGAAAGAUGGUGCAAAUGCCCAAUAUCUUCAUGCGACUCGUCGACUCACUCGCACCAAUGAUCUACGGGCACACAAUCGUGAAGAAAGGCCUCCUGCUCCAACUCAUGAGUGGUGUCAGCAAAGUCACACCAGAGGGAAUGGCAUUGCGUGGCGACAUCAACAUCUGCAUCGUCGGCGACCCCUCAACCAGCAAAUCCCAGUUCCUAAAAUACAUCUGCUCCUUCUUGCCGCGCGCAGUCUACACCUCCGGCAAAGCGUCCUCCGCCGCCGGUCUCACAGCAGCGGUGGUCAAGGACGAAGAAACGGGCGAGUUCACCAUCGAAGCCGGCGCACUCAUGCUCGCGGACAACGGGAUCUGCGCCAUCGACGAGUUCGACAAGAUGGAUAUUGCAGACCAAGUCGCCAUCCACGAAGCAAUGGAACAGCAGACCAUUUCCAUCGCGAAAGCCGGCAUCCAAGCCACCCUCAACGCCCGCACGAGCAUUCUCGCAGCCGCGAACCCGGUAGGCGGGAGGUACAACCGCAAGACAACACUGCGAGCCAACAUCAACAUGAGUGCGCCCAUUAUGUCGCGUUUCGACCUCUUCUUCGUCGUGUUGGACGAAUGCAACGAGCAGAUUGACGAGCAUCUCGCACGCCACAUCGUCGGAAUCCACCAACUGAAAGACGAAGCCGUUGAGCCCGAGUUCAGCACGGAACAGUUGCAGCGCUAUAUUCGUUUCGCGCGCCUGUUCCAGCCCGUCUUCACCGAUGAAGCCAGACUGCGUCUCGUAGAACGAUACAAGGAGUUGCGAUCGGACGACGCGCAAGGAGGCAUUGGACGAAACUCAUAUCGCAUCACCGUCCGACAACUGGAAUCGCUCAUCCGCUUAAGCGAGGCGAUUGCAAAAGCAAACUGCGUGGACCAAGUGAGCCCAGCAUUCGUCGACGAAGCCUACAAGCUCCUAAAGCAAAGCAUCAUCUCCGUCGAAAAAGACGACGUCGAGUUCGAAGACGAAGAAGUCGAUGCUGAAAAUGGUGCUGCAGCAGCUCACGACGACGGGGACUCGCCCAUGAACGGCCUCGAAGACGACGAACCCGCUCCUUCCGAUCCUCGCGCUGCUUCCGCUACUCCUGUCCCUACUCCCGCCGCAGCGAAACCCAGGACGCAAAUCAAGUAUGAUGAGUACAUCAAGAUUCACAAUUUGCUGCUGCGGCGCGUGAAUGAUGAUCAGAGUACGGCGGAGGAUGGGGUGGAGGAGGAGGAGCUGUUGGUGUGGUUUCUGGAGCAGAAGGAGGCGGAGCUGGAGACGCAGGAGGAUUUGUUGCAUCAGAGGAGUUUGGCGCGGAAGGUGUUGAAGAGGAUGGUGAAGGAUAAUGUGCUCUUGCAAAUUCGUGGCGAGGGUCUUGUGGAUGAUGCUGGGGUUGAUUCGAGCGCGAGGGAGAAGGUCAUGUACGUUGUACAUCCUAAUUGUGCGGUGGAGGAGGUAUAGACGAGAAUUGGACAUGCAUACGAUUGGCGUUGAGUGAAGAUUUUGUAGCAGCAUUGGGAUGAUGGUAUGUGCAACCUUACGAUACAUCUUGAAAUGCUCCAACUCUUUACAUGGUAACCUA